GAAUAUAUUAUUACAGUAGUAGAACACAUUCGUGUUCAAGAAGGAUGGAAUUCAAUGAAAAAUCUGCAGUUGAAUCAAGAUGAGUACAAGAAUCUUACAAUAGGAAAAGUAUUUGCACAAAAAAUAGACAAAAUGAAUAUAACUGACAUGUUAAGUAUUGUUGUUCGUUUACUUAACUACAAAUAUACUCAGAUAUUAAAAAAUUAUGUUGAAAUCGUCACUUUAAGUAUAAGAGAAUGUGAAAAAUAUUCAACAGAUAAUUUAUUAAAUGAAUUUAUUAAUUGCACCCGACGCAUUGAAUAUGCAGUGAAAAACUCCACGAUUAUGUUUCAUAAUUUAUAUGAAGUAAUGACGUUUAUGAGUUAUUUAGAUAUACAAUGGUUGAAUUCGAAUAUUUCUGGAAACCCAUUUGUCAAGGUAGAAGAAAUUUAUUUUGCCUAUAACUAUAUAAAUAUAAUGGAAAUAUCAGACCAAUCAUUUUAUAUUGAUCAGUAUGGUAAUUAUAUACCUGAAAAUGCGACUUCAGUACUAUUAAAUAUUAAAACAUUCGUUGGACAAUUAUAUUUAAUGACUGAAAAUGACGAAGAGGAUGAUUGUAUUUUAGCUGAACUCCCUGUACCGAUUAACUAUAAUUUGAUUUUUGAAAAGGAAUAUUUAAAUUUCAAAUCAAGAAAUCCUCAUUCAAGUACUUUCGAUUUUGUGAAAAAGAUGCUAGAUUCAUUUUGCAACCUCACCAUAGAAAAUGAAUACGAAGACCUUGGAUUUGAAGAAAUACUGAAUCCGUCUUCAAACAAGUGUUAUUUAUUAAAUUUACCUCGACUUGAUUCUAUUUCACAAGAAAAGGGAAUAGAAAAUUUGAAUAUUCUACUCAAUGAAGGGAACUGGAAGACUAUGGAACAUUUAUAUAUAAAGUAUGAUAAUCAAGUACUAAGUGCUAAUCGUGUGCUGAGAGAUCAUGCAAAUAUAAACAAUUUUCGUCUCAAAAAGCAGUAUUUCACUCUACUAUUAAAAUGUAGAUUUUUUGAUAUAUUAAAAAAAUUUAAUUCAUAUUUAUAUCAAAUUGUAGAAUUUUGUAAAGAAGAAAAGGUAAAUAUUAAGAUUUGGAAAAAUCCAAAAACAUACAUUGACUGUGUAAAAGAUUUAGCAAUGGUUAUUGGAGGAACUCUGAAUUUUUUUAGUUAUAUAAAUACGGCAAUGGAAAAAUUAAAACAGGCAUCAAUUUGGCUUGUUAACAAAAAAUUUUAUUGUUUAUCACCAAUUAAAGACAUAGUAAAUUAUAUAAUUAACUGGAUGGAUGAAAAAAACUUGUUACGAGAUGUUUUUGCUAACACAGAGAAUAUAAAUUUAAAAGAAGUAGCAGACAAAUAUUUUAAUGAUGUGCAAAGUGUAAAAUAUUCUUUACAAGUUGUCAUAAAAAAUAUAAACCAAGUUCAAAUAAAUUGUUGUUUCUAUCAUGAAAAACCUGUUUUUUCCAAAAAAGAUCUUUUAUCGAUUACCCAAAAAAGUGGAACAUCUUUAAAUAUUGAUAAUUUAACAAGAAAUCCUUUUAAAAAUUUUAAGGAGGCUUGUAAGGCGUUAAAUACGCUUUGUGAAGAUUUCAUUACCACGGAAUUUAGAGAUUUAGGAUUUGAUAGAAUAAAUUAAAAAUGUUUGAUCUGUACAAGUAUUAUAGUAAUGUUUUGAAAUUAUGAAAUAGGCAGAAUUAAUUUAUUUUACGUUUCAGUCAAAUCAUUUACCCAAAACAAUUUUGUACUUUUUGUUUUUAAUAUUUAUAUUUAAUACUGUUGAUACAGAUAAAUUAAAUUUCAUCACUACUAUACUGACAAGUUAAAGUCUAAUAUUUCAAUCAGAAGUUAAUGACUUGUGUAUCUUAUAAAUUACUAUUGAUCUAAUGAACUUCAGCGUUUAUAGUCAUAUAUUUUAUCUGUUAAUUAAAUUUUGAUUUGUGUCUUAUUUAUAAUGUGAUAUUCUUUAUGUUUUUGUAAUUUAUUACAUUCCAGCUUUCUGAUAAAUGCCUAGU